AACAGGACCAGGCCUGAAAACAUUCACUCAGACUUCUUUGCUUUAAUCCCUGCCCACAAGUUAAACAGGAAGCCCGGUGGAGUUCCCCUUUAACUUGGGGGCUUAGUUUGGAGUUGAGACCCUCCUAUUUGGAGAUGAAGCAGCCUGCAUGAAAACAUCCGUGGCAGCUCCUUAGCUUGGUUUUCACAGCGCUCUCCUUCUUGAUCCUCGUUUUGGGGCUGUGCUGUCCUUCUGUGUGUCUCUGUGAAAGCCUGUCUCUACAGAGAGCUCAGCUGGAGACGUUCCUCGCCGGGUUUACUCUGCUCUCGAUCACGGAGCGGAUUCAGAAAAAGACUGAAGGACAAACGGAGAGAAAAUCCUCGAGGCUCCGUCAAACACAGGAGCAGAGAGCAGCAUCUCCAGUGUCCAGCUGUGUGUGGAGAGUAAAACCUUAGUGAUGGAGCUUCAUCAUUCCAGCAGUGGAGGAAGAACCUCUGAUUCAAAAGUGAAGCGUGCAGGACCUCAAGAACCCAGCUGUGUCUGAGAAGAGUGACCAGUCCGUGGAGAACUCUCCUGAUUUCAGCAGAGGAGGAGGAGAACCCAGCUGUGUGUCGAUGAAGAGUGACCGGUCCAUGGAGAACUCUCCUGAUUUCAGCAGUGGAGGAGGAGAACCCAGCUGUGUGUCUGAGAAGAGUGACUGGUCCAUGAUGUUUCCAGCACCGUCCAGUGGAGGGAGAGGAUCCUCUGACUCAGGGCAGCACUCCACACAAACAGCACUGCAGAUAAACACUCUGGCAGAUAUUCACCAGCCAGUGGAUGAUGUUCUACACAGAGUCUUAGAGAGACACAAAACCAGCAUGAAGAACAAGUACGAGAGCCUAUUUGAGGGAAUCAGAACAGAAGAGAAUAAAACCCUCCUGAACAGGAUUUACACUCAGCUCUACAUCAUAGAGGGAGAGAGUGAAGGAGUGAAUGAAGAACAUGAGGUUCUACAGAUGGAGAAAACACCCAGGAGACGCUUACAAGACUCUCCAAUCAACUGCUUAGACAUCUUUAAACCUCUACAAGGUCCUGAAGGAGAAACACGAGAAGAGACCAUUAGAGCUGUGAAGGCUGACAGACUCAGACACAGAGAAAGAGAAGAUAACAGACCAGAAGAGCCAGAGCUCAGAGCUGUUCUGACUAAAGGCAUUGCUGGAAUUGGAAAAACAGUCUCUGUGCAGAAGUUCAUUCUGGACUGGGCUGAAGGAAAAGCCAAUCAGGAUGUGGAGCUCAUGUUUGUGCUUCCAUUCCGGGAGCUGAACCUGAUUAAAGAUGAUCAAUACAGUCUUCAUGGACUUCUGUGUGACUUCCAUCCUGAGCUCAAAGAUCUGGACCCAACGAUUUAUGAUCAGAUCAAAGCUGUGUUUAUAUUUGAUGGUCUGGAUGAAAGCAGAAUUCCACUGAACUUUGAACAGUGUGGGAAAGUAUCUGACAUCACCAUGACAUCAUCAGUGGAUGUGUUGAUGACCAACCUCAUCAAAGGAGAUCUGCUUCCCUCUGCUCUGAUCUGGAUCACCUCCCGACCAGCAGCAGCCAAUCAGAUCCCUCCUCAAUACAUCAACCGUGUGACAGAAAUUCAGGGAUUCAGUGACCCACAGAAGGAGGAGUACUUCAGGAAGAGGAUCAGUGAUGAAGACCAAGCCCAGAGAAUCAUCUCCCACAUUAAGACAGUGAGGAGCCUCCACAUCAUGUGCCACAUUCCAGUCUUCUGCUGGAUCUCAGCCACUGUUCUUCAGCAGAUCAUGAAACAGCGUCAUACAGAAAUCCCUAAAAUUCUGACUGAAAUGUACUCACACUUCCUGAUCACUCAGACCAACAUGAAGAACGAGAAGUAUGAGGAGAAAGACGAGAGAGACCCAAAGAACCUGCUGGAGUCCAACAGAACCGUUCUUCUGAAACUGGCUGAACUGGCUUUCAAACAGCUGAUGAAGGGCAAUGUGAUGUUCUAUGAAGAGGACCUGAGAGAGAGCAGCAUUGAUGUCACUGAGGCCUCAGUGUAUUCUGGGAUUUUCACUGAGAUCUUUAGGGAGGAAUGUGUGCUUCACCAGAGGAAGGUCUACUGCUUUGUUCAUCUGAGCUUUCAGGAGUUCCUGGCUGCUGUUUAUGUGUUUCACUGGUUUGAUAUCAACAAAGAAGAACUGCAGUGUUUUAUGCCAGUACAGUACAGUGAGUGGUCUGAGGAUGAUCCACUGUACAGUGAGUGGUCUGAGGAUGUUCCUCUGGAUGAGGUGCUGAAGGCAGCAGUGAAUAAAGCAGUAAAGAGUCCGAAUGGACACCUGGAUCUUUUCCUCCGUUUCCUGCUGGGCAUCUCACUGGAGUCCAAUCAGAGAUGCCUCCAGGGUCUACUGACCCCAACACAGAGCAGCUCAGAGAGAACCAGAGAGCACAUCAAGAGCUUAAUCAAAGGAGAUAAUUAUCGCAUCUCCACUAAGAGAUCAAUCAACCUGUUCCUCUGUCUGUCUGAGAUGAAUGACCAGUCUCUCUCCAGAGAGAUUCAGAAGUAUCUAAACUCAGAGAGACACUCAGAGGAGACUCUCUCUCCUGGACAGUGUUCAGCACUAGCCUAUAUGCUCCUGACCUCAGAGGAGGUUCUGGAUGAGCUGGACCUGAAGAAAUACAGCACAUCAGAGGAGGGUUACAGGAGACUGAUCCCAGCUCUGACUGUCUGCAGAAAAGCUCGACUAAAUGGCUCUUAUAUCACCAAGAACUUCUGUGAAACACUCUGUUUAACUCUACAAUCAGUGAACUCCUCUCUGAAAGAUCUGGACCUCAGUAACAAUGACAUGCAGAAUUCAGGAGUGGAGCUGCUCUCUGCUGGACUGAAGAACUCACACUGUAAACUGGAGAUACUCAGACUAGUCAGGUGUAGUCUCACCACAAACUCCUGUGAAAAACUAUCAUCAGCUUUACAAUCAGCAAACUCUUCUCUAAAAGAGCUUGACCUCAGUAACAAUGACCUUCAGGAUUCAGGAGUGGAGCUGCUCUGUGCUGGACUAAAGAACUCACACUGUAAACUGGAGAUACUCAGACUUGUCAGGUGCAGUUUCACCACAAACUCCUGUGAAAAACUAUCAUCAGCUUUACAAUCAGCAAACUCUUCUCUAAAAGAGCUUGACCUCAGUAACAAUGACCUUCAGGAUUCAGGAGUGGAGCUGCUCUGUACUGGACUAAAGAAUUCGCACUGUAAACUGGAGAUACUCAGACUUGUCAGGUGCAGUUUCACCACAAACUCCUGUGAAAAACUAUCAUCAGCUUUACAAUCAGCAAACUCUUCUCUAAAAGAGCUUGACCUCAGUAACAAUGACCUUCAGGAUUCAGGAGUGGAGCUGCUCUGUGCUGGACUAAAGAACUCGCACUGUAAAAUGGAGGUAUUCAGACUAAAUGGCUCUUAUAUCACCAAGAACUUCUGUGAAACACUCUGUUUAACUCUACAAUCAGUGAACUCCUCUCUGAAAGAGCUGGAUCUCAGUAACAAUGACCUGCAGAAUUCAGGAGUGGAGCUGCUCUCUGCUGGACUGAAGAACUCGCACUGUAAACUAGAGAUACUCAGACUAGCCAGCUGUAGUCUUACCACAUACUCCUGUGAAGAACUAUCAUCAGCUCUACAAUCAGCAAACUCUUCUCAGAAAGAGCUGGACCUCAGCAACAAUGACUUGAAAGAUUCAGGUGUGGAGCUGCUCUCUGCUGGUCUGAAGAACUCAAACUGUAAACUGGAGAUGCUCAGAUUGUCUGGUUGUAUGGUUACAAGUGAAGGCUGUUAUUCUCUGGCUUCAGCUCUGAAAUCAAACCCCUCCCACCUGAGAGAACUGGAUCUGACCUAUAAUCACCCAGGAGAGUCUGGAGUGAAGCUGCUGUCUGAUCUACUGGAGGAUCCACACUGUAAACUGGAGAAACUACAGGUGGAUCAUGGAGGGAAGAUCAGGAUAAAACCAGGACUGAAGAAAUAUGCUGUUAAUCUCACUCUGGAUCCAAACACAGUGAACAGAAAUCUUUCUCUGUCUGAGAGGAACAGAAAGGUAGAGACUAAGUGGAAGGAUCAGUCGUAUCCAGAUCAUCCAGACAGAUUUGAUUCCUGGCCACAGGUUCUGAGUGUGGAGAGUCUGACUGGACGCUGUUACUGGGAGGUUCAGUGGAGUGGAAAUAUAGCUGUUCUAUCAGUAUCAUCCAGACGAAUCGGGAGGAAAGGAAGCAGUGAUGACUGUGUGUUUGCACGCAACAACCUCUCCUGGACUCUGAAUUGUGUUGGUAACAGUUACUCUUUCUGGCACAAAAGUCAGAAAACUGACCUACCUGCCCCCCCCUCCCCCUCUAACAGAGUAGGAGUGUAUCUGGACUGGGAGUCCGGCACUGUGUCUUUCUACUCCGUCUCCCCUAAAACGCACACGCUGACCCACUUACACACACUCUUCACCACAUUCACUGAACCGCUUUACACUGGAUUCUUUAUUUAUGAACACGUCUCAAUGAGUCUGUGUGAAAUAGAAUAGCCUCGACACAGAGGGAGAGUGAGAAAGACAGAGAGAGAGAGAUUUCCCUCAAACAGCUGGUCCUGACACUGAGUUCACUAACACCCACUAAUACUGUUAUCCAUCAGGACCAGCCUGCAGUACAAACAAUUAGACCAAGUCAAAUUAUAACAUUUUAAAACCAAACGGCAUCAUCUAUUGGAAGACACAAACACACACAGCAAAUUGCAGUGCUAUCUGGCCCUAAACCGGACUCUGAGAAUGUGUUAAUUGUUUAUUACCGUUAAUUGUUUUAAUUUGCUCUGUAUGAAACAGCAGAAUAGGCAGGAGUUGUGGUCAGACACCUAAAUUUUAAAAAAUUAGCUACUUGCUGCUGUUGAACAGUUAAUAUUUACAAAAAGUAAACUUUUAUCCAAAACUCUCUGAGGGGGAAAAAAAACAGUCAACCCUUUCUCCACAUCAAACAUGGUUCAUUAAUAUCUUAGCUGCCAUUUUUUUUAAAACAAAUACUGUUUUAUGUGUUUUGAAUGUUUACAAAUAGGACAUACACAUCAAUACAUACAUCAAAUUUAAAUCUACAUACACCACACACCAUUGUGGAUAACCUGCAUCAACCAAACAAAAAAUUAUAUGCACAACUAUAUAAUAUAUUUACAGUUAAAUACAGUCAUUCACUAGCAUUCAAACUAUUUCCACAGCUAUAUACAAUACUACAGUAAUUACUUUAAUCAAUUAAUUUGAAAUUAAUUUGUGUAAAUAUUUAUAUACCCAUGGGCCAGCCAAUUCAUUAA